AUGCCUCGAGCAAAAUCAAGCCAAUCACGAACCAAGAAGACCGCCAGAGCUGGCGCUAGCCAAAACGGAUCGAUGUCUUCAGCUGCUGCUUCAUCGACUCCAGCAAAUACAGCACCUCCUGCAACACCAGCAAGCCAGUCCCAACAAUCACAUGUGACCAGUGGAACCCAGGCCUCUCAAAAUACAGUUACAAUCCCAUGGAGCCCAACCCAAUCACAAAACCAGCCAGACCAGUCACUUGAAAACACUCAAGUCUCCAGCCAGGCCACUCAGAACUCCCAAAUCCAGCCGAUCAACAGCCCUGAAAAAGAGAAGUCAAAGAGCCUCACCUGGACGCCAGCCAUGGAACGAAGCGCUGUGGAGUUCGAACUUUUAAAAGAGUUCCCUGGCAACCCAUUCACAGCAAGCAAGGUGAAGUCAAAGUACACCCAGGGCUUCAAGAAGAUCUACAAUGCGUUUGUUGCUUGCAAAGGGGCCAGUGGUUUUGGUUGGAAUGAAGCUGAAUGUAUGGUCACAGCAUCGGAUGAUGUCUGGAAUGCUUUCUUGGUGUCACAUCCCACUGCCAAGCGAUUCAAGAACACACCGUUCCCAGAAUACUCGGACUUUCAGAUCAUCUUCGAGGGUCACACUGCUCGAGGAGAUAUGCGACAAUCAUCAGGUACAGAAAUGAACAACAACGCUACUCCCAUCGUUCUUGGCGAGACUGGAACCCCGGCCGAAAACUCACAGACAACUCUUCAACCUGCUCAGCGCCCAGGUGUACGUCCACCUCGCCAGCACCACAUCACAUUGGGUGAUCGGUUCGAAAACUCGAUUGAUCGACUAGUUGAUGCGUUUGUGUCCUCAAACACCAACUUACCGGUCAAAUCACCAGAAAGCUCGCCUAUCCACUUAGCUACAAUCAAGUUCCAAGAUGCAUUUGCCGAUGAUCUCAGUAUGGCUGAGCUGGUUGCGGGAUUCGGUGUUUUGGAAAAUGAAGCAAAGGCCAGAUUGUUUCUUGCAAUUAGAAACAAUGAGCAUGCCCGGGCCUGGAUUGACAGGCAGAUUGCCAUCAAAUUGGCUGAUUCCAAUGUGUAA